UUGCUGUUUUGUUGUCACUUCGUACGCUCGCGCGUUCGUUCGCGUUGUUGUAACAGAGAGUCGGGGGAAAAAUACAAAUUUUGUUUAAUUAAUUAUUAUUAUUGUCGUUUGUUGCUGAGGGUUGCAACGUUGUUGGCGGAUCUCGAACACAACAAUCGCCAUAAAAAAAAAACAAAGCAAAAUAAUAAAACGUUCAAUUAAAUAGCAUCUAAAACGUGAAUCGUGAAUGCGCAGCAAAUCCCAAACACACAAAACAAAAGAAAAGAGCAGCGCGGCCUUUGGGAGCGUCCUGCUGUGUCGUCACAACGAAAACAAAGUCGAGCAAGCAACAUAUAAAAUGCGAAUAAAUGUGCAAAAAAUCAAUUAAGAUGUAAGACGAUCGUGAAACAGGAUCUACACCUACGAAACAUUACCAAAGAAGCUACGGUCGCAGUACCACAGAUUUGAAGUUGCUUAGCCCCUAAGCGUUAGAAACUGAAUCCUUCACCCAGCCGGACCAUAGCACUGAAGCCAAAUGACUGCCAAUACUCUUCUAGGUCGUUCACUACUCAACGAAGUAUCAAAAGCAGGACGUUCCAAUAAACGCUCCUUGGUCUCACUGAUCGUCGGACUUGUUGUUGGCUUCUGUCUAGCAGAGCUCUUUGUCUACUCCUCCUCCCCGGAACGGACUGAGUCGAUGCCAUACUAUGGUCAUCGACAUGGCGACGUCAACGAUGCCCAUCACAGUCACGACAUGCUGGAGCUGGCCGGUCCAGAGCAGGACGUCGGCACCCACGAACAUUCGCAUGAGAACAGCAGCGUUGCGGAGAAACUGUACAGCGAGGUGCGAAUUCUCUGCUGGAUCAUGACCAAUCCUAGCAAUCAUCAGAAGAAAGCGCGCCACGUGAAACGCACCUGGGGCAAGCGCUGCAAUAAGCUCAUCUUCAUGAGCUCAGCCAAGGAUGCGGAAUUAGAUGCUGUGGCGCUGCCCAUUGGCGAGGGACGCAACAACCUGUGGGGCAAGACCAAAGAAGCUUACAAAUACAUCUACGAGCACCACAUGAACGAUGCAGAUUGGUUCCUCAAGGCAGACGACGACACCUACACGAUCGUUGAGAAUUUGCGAUAUAUGUUAUAUCCCUACAAUCCCGAGACGCCCGUCUACUUUGGCUGCAAGUUUAAGACUUUUGUAAAGCAGGGCUACAUGUCGGGAGGAGCGGGUUACGUGCUCAGUCGGGAGGCAGUGCGGCGUUUCGUUGUGGAGGCUAUUCCAAAUAAAAAACUCUGCAAGAGCGACAACUCUGGCGCUGAAGAUGUGGAAAUAGGCAAGUGCUUGGAGAAUGUAAAAGUGUUGGCUGGUGACUCAAGGGACACCAAUGGCCGAGGUCGAUUCUUUCCCUUUGUACCUGAGCACCAUUUGAUACCCUCACAUACGGACAAGAAGUUCUGGUACUGGCAGUACAUUUACUACAAGACGGAUGAGGGCUUAGACUGCUGCUCGGACAACGCCAUAUCUUUCCAUUAUGUCUCGCCCAAUCAAAUGUAUGUGCUGGACUAUUUAAUUUAUCAUCUGAGACCUUAUGGCAUUGUCAAUAUACCAGAUGUCCUGCCUAAUAAAUUGGCGGUGGGCGAACUGAUGCCAGCGGUCAAGGAGCCAGAGGAGCCAAGCACUGACAAAACGAAGAAGGAUUCACAGUGAUUAUAGGCCAUAGACACUUGUAUAUAAGUAGAUCUUGUGUAAAUAUCGCUUUCAAUAGAUUACAUUUAGUUUAUCAUACUUUACUUUGCCAUCUCCCCACGAAUUGUCGGCUUAUGUGUUAGUUUAAUUCACUCAGGAUUUGUUUUAAAUCGCUCUUGAGCUACAACUUUUUGUACAAAUACCAAAACAAUAAAACUUGAGUGCUGUUACUUUAGUUUGUAAUGAAGUAAUGAAGUCUGCGCACAUAUCGCUUUGUUGUACUAUAUUAGCAUAAAUACAAACAUAAAUAUUCAUUGUACAUUUAAGAAUCAUAUAUAUUACUAUAUAUCACUAGGAUUGUAAGUAACCACAAAGAAAACAUUUAUACGUAUUUUGUCCCAUUUAGUUAGCAAUAUAAUAUGAAGACAUUAAAGUUUCGAUCAGCUUUAAGACCUAUGAAUGUACAUGGAUUUAAGUGUAUUGGCAUGGCUAAUGAAACGUGUAUUACUCAUAUUUAUGUAAUAAAAAAUUGCAUUUCAAAUCGAA